GACUCUCAGCGGGUCCGUCCUUGUUACCAUACACCUCUCUCUCUCUCUCUCUCUCGCACUUUGCUCCCCCACGAAGGAAAAUCGAUCCUGUCUCUCUCUCAAACUCAUCUCUCUGUUUUCUGCAUUAUACGUGUUGGAUGGUUCUCGGGCACCGAUGUUCUGAGGGGAACUAAGUAAUUGAUCCAUUUGGGCAUUGGUUUCAGUGCAUGUUCUUGAUUUUCUGGAGAUUUUUCUCCAGCAGUGAAAUCUGAGGAAGAUUUCAAAAACUGAGAAAUCGUUUUCUUCUCCACUUGGUAAUUGGUGGAGAUGUCAAGUUAUGUGGGUGUUCACAUUAUGGAUCAAUCGCUUCAAAGCCAGUUCACGCAGGUUGAGCUUCGCAGUCUAGAAUCCAAAUUUAAUUCAGUGAAGAAUCAGAAUGGUAAAGUUUUGGCUGGAGAUUUGCCACCUUUAAUGAUGAAAUUAAAGGCAUUUAGAGAAAUGUAUUCUGAGGAGGAGAUCAGAGGUAGCUUAAGCGGGUUGGAGUCUGACUUCAGCGACGAGAUUGAUUUUGAAUCCUUCCUUAAGGCAUUCUUAAUUUUGCAAGGGCAAACAACAGCAAAAUCGGGUGGUUCAAAGAACUCUUCAUCAUUCUUGAAGGCCACUACAACCACCCUCCUUCAUACAAUAAGUGAAUCUGAGAGAGCAUCUUAUGUGGCUCACAUAAACAGCUAUCUUGGGGAUGACCCAUUUCUAAAGCAGUUUCUCCCAUUAGACCCAGCUACAAAUGACCUAUUCCACCUUGCAAAAGAUGGAGUUCUCCUCUGCAAGCUUAUAAAUGUUGCUGUGCCUGGGACAAUAGAUGAACGAGCAAUUAACACCAAAAGGGUUCUCAACCCAUGGGAGAGGAAUGAGAACCAUACUCUUUGCCUCAACUCUGCCAAGGCCAUUGGCUGCACAGUGGUUAACAUUGGCACACAGGACCUGAUUGAAGGAAGACCUCAUCUGGUAUUGGGGUUGAUUUCGCAAAUUAUAAAGAUCCAACUGUUGGCAGAUCUUAAUCUUAAGAAGACACCUCAGCUUGUAGAAUUGGUGGAUGAUAGCAAGGAUGUUGAAGAGCUUUUGAGUUUACCCCCUGAGAAGGUCUUGUUGAAAUGGAUGAAUUUUCACCUCGAAAAAGCAGGCUACAAGAAACCUGUUUCAAACUUUUCUUCUGACGUGAAGGAUGGAGAAGCUUAUGCUUACCUACUUAAUGUUCUUGCUCCAGAACACUGCAAUCCCGCUACAUUGGAUGCCAAACCCAAUGAAAGGGCAAAGUUGGUUCUUGAUCAUGCUGAGAGAAUGAACUGCAAAAGAUACUUGACUCCAAAAGACAUUCUCGAGGGUUCUUCAAACUUAAAUCUGGCAUUUGUGGCACAAAUAUUCCAUGAAAGGAAUGGCCUCUCUACAGACAGCAAGAAAAUUUCUUUUGCAGAGAUGAUGACAGACGAUGUGCAAACAUCAAGAGAAGAGAGAUGCUUCCGGCUGUGGAUCAACAGUCUAGGCAUUGGUAGUUAUGUUAAUAAUGUGUUUGAGGAUGUGAGAAAUGGAUGGAUACUAUUAGAAGUACUCGAUAAGGUUUCACCAGGUUCAGUUAACUGGAAGCAAGCAUCAAAGCCUCCAAUUAGAAUGCCGUUUAGAAAAGUGGAGAAUUGCAAUCAAGUUGUAAGGAUUGGAAAGCAACUGAAAUUCUCGCUGGUGAAUGUAGCUGGAAAUGAUAUUGUGCAGGGAAACAAGAAACUCAUACUUGCAUUCCUAUGGCAGUUGAUGAGGUUUAAUAUGCUUCAACUUUUGAAAAAUCUAAGAUCUCACUCCCAAGGAAAGGAGAUGACGGACACUGAUAUUUUAAAGUGGGCUAACAACAAAGUCAGAAGCACAGGCAGAACUUCUCAAAUGGAGAGUUUUAAGGAUAAGAGCCUGUCAAACGGGAUUUUCUUUCUCGAGCUUCUCAGUGCUGUGGAGCCUAGAGUUGUCAAUUGGAACCUUGUUACUAAGGGUGAAAGUGCUGAUGAAAAGAAGUUGAAUGCUACAUACAUAGUCAGCGUUGCACGGAAGCUUGGCUGUUCCAUAUUCUUGUUGCCUGAGGACAUCAUGGAGGUGAAUCAGAAGAUGCUUUUGACACUAACAGCCAGCAUUAUGUUUUGGAGUCUGCAACUACCAGUUGAUGACACAGAAAGAUUGCCAUCCCCUGUUGACGUGUCACCGGCAACAUCUAUUAGCGGAGAGGAUGAAAGCUGUUCUUCCCUUGGCGGUGAAAUUUCAAACUUGAGCAUCGACGACACUGCCUCAGACACUACACAGGUUGAGAAUGAUGGCAGCAACACUCCUCUGGGAGGCGGGAUCGGGGUGGAAGGGGAAGGAGGGUGCAUAGCUGUUAAGUAGGUUGAAGGAAAGGCGUAAAUAGACUUAAGAGAGCUCCAUAAAAAUAUGUUUGGUUGUAAACAGAGUUAGAGUCACAGGUUGAAAGAAAAUAAAAAAAAAAGGACGACAUUGUAAAUUACUUCCACUAUGUAGAUAGUAACUUUCUUUUUACAGUAAUUACGUCAUUCCAGAGACGAUGUAAUUCACAAGAUAUUUUUUUUGAUUGGUGGGUGAGGUAAAAAAUGGAAAGAAAAUAAAAGAGAGUGAAGUGCAAGAGGUGAAAUGAAAUGUAAAAGAAAAGAGCAUAUGUUGGAGAACUUUUUGUUACUAAUCUGGAAGAAUGACAGUUGAAUUUUGUUGUAA